AUGACAAGCGUACUGAUACUGGUGCCCUAUCAAGCUACCUUCGAGAUGAUCAGGAAGUCCAAAGCUUGGAUCGCCAGUAAAAAUUUCCUGCUGGUGUUUUGUUGCGCGGACAUAGCGAUCAAUUUCAUGACAGGGUACUUUGACAAAGAAGAGCACGGAGUGAUAUUGGAACAGAAGAAAGUAGCCCAUCACUAUAUAAAAUCCAGCACGUUCGUUUUCGAUUUCCUGGGUUCCUUUCCAACCGAUUUAUUUUUCGUAACCUCAUGGCAUCAGUACACAGUGAUCCGAAAGACGUUAUCUCUGAUAUGCAUUUUUCGCGUCUUCUCCCUGGGCUUGUACAUUGAUCGCAUAGCGUUCGCCUAUGACAUCCCCCUAGCUCUCUAUGAAUUUUGCAAAAUUAUAUUUUGGUUGAUGAUGGCGUUGCAUUGGCAGUCCUGUCUCCACUGGCUGAUUCCCAUCGCUGCAACCUCGAUGUACCUGCCGCAACGUCCUAAAAAUGACUCCUGGUUGCACGCUGACAACCUCUGGGAGGCUCCAAGGAAUCAGCAAUACUUGAACAGCCUGAUGAGGGCCGUUACUACGUUCCUCAGGGGUGGUAUGCUGCACACGAAUCCUCGACACGUAGGUGAUAUAUAUCUGAUCAUCACGUUGCAGUUGAUCGGCAUUGUCUCUCCCUGGUUCCUGAUAACACGAGUGAUGCAGUUCUUUAAGGGUGCCAACAGUUCUCGUCUGAGGUACCAGGGUACCGUGGCUCAAUUGAAACAGUACAUGAGACACAGACAACUACCAUACCCAACCCAGAGACGAAUCAUAGAGUAUUACGAGUUUCGUUUUCAACAUCGUUUCUUUCGGGAGACUGAAAUCAUUCACACGUUGUCCUCCCAUAUGCGCAAUGAAAUUAGCAUGCACUCUUGCCGCAAGCUGGUCGAGAAUGUCACAUUCUUCAACAAUCUACCACUUUCAUUGUUGAGCCGAAUAGUGUCGUUGCUCAGGUCUGAGAUUUUUCUUACAAACGACGUGAUCGUACGGGCAAAUCAACCAGGAGACUGCAUGUACUUCAUCGGCACGGGCACUGUGGCUAUCUACACGAACUCUGGUAAAGAAGUGUGUCACCUGGAGGACGGUGCUCACUUCGGUGAGGUCGCGUUGGUCAUGCCAAACGAGAUGAGGGUGGCCAGUGUUAUCGCUGUUGAAGUAUGCGAAUUGUAUCGUUUGAAUCGAGCCGACUUUGCUAGAACGAUACAUCCGUAUCCGAUGCUGUGGGAGAGGAUCAAGAAGAUCGCCAUCGAGAGGCACGAGAAAACGAUUAUUCUUAAUGCACAGUAA